UGUGCGUACGCACCAUCUGUGGACGCUUAAGAAGAGGACGCAAGAAACCCUGAAUCUGUCUUUGCUCCUUCAGUUUUUCGGAGUGUUGCAUGAGAUUUUUGGCCAUGAGAAUGUAAAAGCGAAGUGGGUACCCAAGGAUGAAUUUGCCGGAUGAUGUAGGAAGGUCUUGUGCGGCUAACUAAAGUGAUAUUUGGAUUACCCCACUGGAUCAUCGCAUUCCCAGUUUUGUCCUGACCUGUUUUUUGCCACCGACACCAACAUGGGCUGCACCCCUUCCAAAGGCAAGUUGUUUUCCAAGGAACAACAAUCUGGACUUCAAAAUGAGCCGGAAGACUCACAAAAGCCCGCUGACUCGGAGAGUGCAGAAGAUGACAAAAGCUGUUUCAAAACGGACGGCAAAGAAAACGAAGCACCAAAGGAGGAGGAAAAUAAUGAGAGAGAAGAUUUGUGUUCUGAAGUGCUCUUGGACACCAAGGAAGAAAAACCCACCCAGGAUGAGGACGAAACGGACGUGCAUGCGUCACCUCAAGCUGUCGAAGACUUACCACCAACUGGUAAGAAAAGCAACAAGACCAAAGACCUGACGAUGGAAAAGCUGCGGAAAAACUCCGUUAACCAGGCAAGGUUUGAAUUCCCACCGCACAUGGUGAGAGCUCACCAAGCAGCCUACGCGUUCCUCACCCCAAACAUCUCCAAAUACGAUCUGCUGCUGGGUCUUCUGGACCAGGCGGCCCAGACACAACUGUCCCUGAAGCCCAUGAUGUCUGCUUUGGCUCUGCGUUUUGAGGAGAUCAACCAGGCCCUGGAGGAGAUGGCCGAGGAGGGGGAGAUGAUGUUAAAAGAACAUGGUGACUAUUUAACCUCCGCCUUAAUCAACCCAUGCGGAAUGCCUCCUCCACAUAUCGCAUCCCACCCCUCAGAGCCGCCUUUGGAUCUCUUACAGCAGCUCCUCCAGCAUUCCACAGAGAAGAUGAAGCUCGUGGGAGGCUCGGUACAAGCGCUGGGUGACAGCACGCUUGAAGAGGCGGUGGAGUGUUCUUCAUCGCUGUCGAAACUGUUGGUGGAGAAGCUGCAAGUCAAGCAGGGGAUGGAGAAGAGACUGAGCCAGGUGUUGGUGCAAGUGGAACGGGCCACCAUAAGGAAGUUCUCCCCUGAAGAUGCGGCUCUUCACAGUGAGGACAGCGGUAUCGGGGGAGAGAAUGAAAGUCUGACGGGCUCUGAGAGGCGCCACCGUGGGAGUGCAGGUUCUGGAGGUUCUGGAUCUGGGAUGAACCUGUGCAGUGCCCUUGUAGGCCAGGAUGAGGAUGAAGCUGAUGACUACGGGGAUAAAGAGGACAUGCAGGGAAGAAAAAGGUCAAACUCGUGUCCUCCUGAUCCCACUCAAACUCUUUUGUUCAUGUGUGCAGACAACACCAAGCCAGAACCCCUUGGACGAGUUAACAUGGUGGCUGAAGUAGAAAGGAGGGAGAAUUGUGACCAACAAAUGACAAAAACGGCAACUGUGGAAGCUAAAAAAGAGUUAGUGGGAACACGUCAUACUUUUCUAUCUGGAAUGAGACGUCACUCAACAAGUGGCCUAGAGAGUUUUCAGAAAGAAUCUUGGAAGUCGGCUAAAUCAGCUGAUUCCUUACCAAUAAAAAUGCCCCAGCCUCCCAAGCGCAACUCAGUUAGGAAGCUGAUCAAUACGUUUAGUCAAGGGGUGGAAGGAAGACCAGGCCGGAGUCUUGUUCAUGCCGCACCGCUGGUCCGAAGACCAAAGAAACAUGGCCUCCUUGUUUUAUCUGACGGAGCAAACACAGACGAUCAGGCUAUCAUGAGGUGGUCUGAAGGCAAAGACGAUCUUGACUUAGAAACCCUUCCCCCACCACCUCCGGAAGUACUGAUGGAUAAUUCUUUUCAAAGUAACCAAAACGGGCCACAAGUAGUUUCAGACCUGCAUUUUCCUCCCAUUAACCAAAAUCCUGGAGUCCCCCACCGCUUGAGGGCAUGUGUUCAGAAUCUAGACGUCUUACCAAACCGAUCAAGCUUAAGACCGAGAUUUAGAACGCAGGACGUAGUACAACAACCAGACACUAAUCUUGGUUCAGAUAUGGUGAAAAGAGCAGAGCAGAGGCGCGGUUGCAAGGGCACUCAUUUGGACCUCGCGGAACAAACUCCUGACAAGGGAAAUACUGCGGGUAAUUAUGUCAAAGGAGCUUUACAUCAAUCCAGAAUUGGUAAAAGGUUUGAAAGUGUCCUUUAUGAGGGUGAGACAUCCACAUCCAGUCUGCCAUGGACAGCACCACCUGUUUCCAGAGUCCGCCUACAACCCCCUUGCCAGUCGGUACACAGAAGCCAUCCUAUCUUAACACCUGUAAAUCGACCAGUCUCUCCAACCACAUUCACAAGUACCAACUCGGAGGACGUUGGCCCGUCUGUCUCGUUUCAUACAGCUCGUUCAGUCUUCUGUCAAAGUGAUGCAGAACAACUCAGUCCUGGACCUCCUCUGGAAGUCCAGUGCUUCCCAGGCUAUGGACGGAGGCCUCCCAAGGCACACUUCCUCGGAGAGUCAAGACCUGCCACGGGCAGUCUGAACAGCCAAGUAAAGCCAUCAUCCUCGAAAAGAUGAGUGCCCUUGCUGCCAUACCCGGGAUCAGCCGCCCCCGGCAGAGGAUCGUCAUCAUCAUCCGAGCGCACCCGGAUGACGACGUCGCUGUUUGUGUGGUUUGACAAACAAAACGCAAAGGCGUGACGGAAACAAAGACGUGAUUUCGGAAUGAUCUUCAGACUCGAGCAAUGUUUUGUUCAUUUAUAUUUGUUGUUAACGUUGGAGGAACCUCUUAAACCCGCCAGGGGGCAGUGCGGUUGCAUUUGUGUUGCUAUGAUAACUACUCCAAUAUCAAUAUAAACAUGCUACACAUCCACGUAACCGGAAGAACAAAACAAUAAUAGCACAAACUUAGCAACAUUUCAAAGCCAACACUUAACUCAGGGGUGUCCAAAGGGCUGUUAUUUUUAUUUUAUUUUAUUCUAAAAAUAUAACAGCACAAAUGGGAAAACUCUGAAGUCAUUUUACAAUAAUAAAGGGAAAAAAUAUUAUUGUAAUCUAUUGAGGAAAAAGUCAUAAUUUUACAAGAGUAACGUAAUAUUAUGAAGAAAAAUAACUCAAUUUUAGUAGCAUAAAGUAAAAAAAUUAAAGAAAGAUUGAUUUAAGUAGUAAUAUUUUGCAAAACAAAGAAUAGAAUUAAAAUUAGUUUUGGGGAGAAAGAAUGUUAAGAGAAUAAAGUCAAAAUGUUAUGGGAAUAGUCAUAAAUACGAGGAAAAAACAAUUACAAGACGAAAGUAGAAAUGAAAAAAAAACAACUGUCAUUUUAAGAGAAAAAAGUAAAAAUAUUAAAAGACGAAAGUCGUAUUCUAAAGCGAAAAAAGUCUCAAUUUUAUGAGAAUAAAUAUGAUAAAUAUCAUGAGGAAAAAUAAUGUCAUUUUUGUAGCACAAAGAAAAAGUACAUUGCUUUUUAAAAGUUGUAAUAUUAGGAGACAAAAAAAGAAAAUAAAGUUGUAUUUUCUAAAUUUUUAUAUGUUUUGUGGGGAAAAAUUUUAUAAUAUUACGAGAAUAAAGUCAAAAUAUUAUGGGAAUAAAGCCAUAACAUUAUGAGAAUAAAAUGUAACUUUAUUUAAGAAGAAAUAUUAGGGAAAAAAAAACGACAAAAAUGGGAAAAAGAGCACAGAGUGAAGUUGAUACCAAUAAUAUGCUUUUUCACCGAUAUCACAAAGCUGCAUUUUUUUCUUGAAAUAUACAGUAUAUAACUUCUUAGCAUAUCUACAUGUGUUGCUUUACAAAACAUCAAAGUGGCCCUUGCGUCCUUUCAUUUUUCACUAUGUGGCCCUCGCUGGGACAAGUCCGGACACCCGUCUUAACCGUCCCCACCAUACAGGUAUCAUUCCUCUACUGCUAAAACUCACUGAAUGAGCUUCAUUUACUCUCAUUUAGUAGUAAAGACACGUACAUGUCCACAUCUACAAUAACCAUCAAAGUCUCCUCUUUACCUUGAUGCCAACAUCAUCCAUGUAGACCUUCUACAUGCACGGAAAAACAUCCAUCCAUCACAUUAUUGUUCUAGCAUAGCAAGCUUCUCAUUAAGUCCUGGGUGUAAGCCGUUCAUGAUGUCUAGAUAAAUCAUUUUCAACCAUUUUCUACCCAAAAAUAUCUCAGCACAGUUGUAUUACUUAUAGAUACAGUAUAGAUUCCAUGUGUUAGUUUUUUCCUACAUUCUAAUGGGUAUUUGUGUAUUUUGUGGUUAUGUUUAUUAGUCCCUGGAUGUGUUUAAAGUAUUUUCUACCUUGGGGUGAAGACAGCUCAGUCAGUAAGACAUGAACAUGUUGGACCGCAGCACCGAUGAUUCAAAUCCUGUUGCAGAAGGAAAUAUAAACAGUACCAUAUA